UUAGCCCUUGAACAAAAUCGUUAGCCGACUGAUCCGUUUCAUCAACAAAAAUAGUGGGACGUGAUUCUCUUGUAUAUUCACGUUUUGUAUGCUGUAAAACUAGCUCGAUUUUAGUUCAUAAUAGUUACUUUAUUAUGUGGUUUUUGAAAAAUGUUCAAAAUGGGACCAUCUACUACGUCAAGCCGAACAUCGCCAAACACACGGUCAGCCGAUCGCACGGCGAGCUGAUCAUCCAAGGUGAUCCCUCCAUCAGCCGGAAUCACGCAUUCCUCUAUCCGGACGCGACCACGCUCAAAGUGGUCGACGCCGGUUCACGGUAUGGGACAUUCGUCAACGAUGCCAUCGAAUCGGAGCGGGAUCAAAUCGCUAAGAAUACUCCCUCGGAAUUGAGUGUGGGCGAUCGGUUGCGGUUUGGGAAAUGUCUGAGCGUUUGGACGGUUGGUCGCGAAGAUUUCGACUGCAUCACUUCGACAAUUGCGGUGGAUGGCCGUUUGAAGCACGCGCUUGAAUUACUGGGAGGAAAAGUGCGGGAUGCUUUCGUGGAGGGAAGUACACGAUAUCUAAUCAUGAAAAGUAUUACUACUACUCCGAAGCUUCUGAUGUGUCUCAUCAGCCAGGUUCCGGUUGUGAAACCGGAGUAUUUCGAAGAGUGUGUCAAGGCGGUGGACCGUGGGAGUCCACUUCCCAACGUAGAUGACUUCAUUCCGGAAUUCGUCGAAGCGUACGUUCGAAGCGAAGGAAUGAGCUUUGGAAAGGUUCCCGAGAGGAAGGCGCUAUUCAAGGGUAAGACGUUUGUCUUCAUCAAACCGAAGCACAUGAGUCAGUAUGAGGGGAUUGUAAAACUGGCCGGUGGAAGCUGCAUAUGUGCUCAGAAGCGGAAGAUUGCGAAGGCAUUCUUCACCGGGCCGGAUGUGAUAGUAAUGCAAGCGGGAAUGGAUUCGCAGAUGUCUCAGACCUCGUCACAGGCAGUCGAUGGUUUAACGCAGAUCGUCUCAAAGGCCGGCCGACGUUUGAUUCCGGAUGCGGAGAUCGGUUUGGCCAUUUUGCACUGCUCGCUGGAGAAGUACUGCAAUCCGUUGUACAAGUUUUCGAAUGUGUUGGACUUGGAAACUAUCCCGUUUGCGGAAGGUGGCGAGACCUUGGCCAAGAACAGCGAGGAGUGUGGAGGAGCGUUGAAAGUUGGCACCAAGGAGAGUAUCUCGAUUCCGGAAACAGAGUCGCGGGAUAGCUCACAGAGUGUUGAGGCUCACAAAAUCUUGAUGACGGAUUCGAUGGACUACAGUGAGCAGCCAUUGAAGUUUUCUGAGAAGGAUCAGGAAUUUGCGAAGCCUAAGAAAGUAGAACCAAAGGUUGGAAGAGAAAAACGUAAACGAGAAACCGUACAACAACAAAGUGAUAGUCCUAAAGAGGUGAAGAAAGCUCGUUCCGAAUCGGUUGAACCGAAAAUUUCAGAAGAACAAGAGAUACCUAGUCAACUGGAAAUCCCCGAAACUCCUGCCAGCAUUCAACCAUCGCAAACGUCCAACUUCUCGGGAUUCCUCUCGGUGAAUCGCGAGCCAGUCGUUGACGAAGAACCCACAAUGCAGAAGCAGAAACAGAAGCGACCGCUGAAUCUGCUGCUCGAUGAUGGGGAGGGAGAUCUGUUCAACUUUGAAGAAGCUGCUCCCAAACGCUCCAAACGCCAGGCAACGAUCGCCGAGGCGUUCUCGAGUUCGCAGCAGCCAUCGCAAAGUGUCGGAAGAAAGACUCGACAUCAAGCGGCUGAAGAGGAAGAUCUUUUCUCUUUCGAUAGUGGAAGCUCCAAGCGAUCGAAGCAGAAGAAAAACAAUGAGCGAUCGGUGCCAAGUUCCAGUUCGGAAUCGAUAAGUAACGAAACGAAAGAUUCCACCGGAUCAGCGCCAUCCUAUAAGCAGUUCAUCAAGCCUAUUCAGAUCCCAAUGGAGGGUUGGCUAGCGUCGACAUUUUGUGAUCUCAAAAUCAAGAGUCAAAAGGAGGAUCUGGAUGAUGAUCAUCUCGGUAACGGGGACAGUUCGGCAAAGAUCAAGAAGGAGCCGCUCGAUGAGGACGAAGACCAGAAGACGCGCGUUUGGGUAGACGGAAUGGAGGCCAUGUUUCAAGUGCGAGUCAAGUGCAUGAAUUUGACUUCCAAUCGGCCGAACCACGGAGCGGGUGCUGAUGAUUCAACGAGCUUCUAUUCGACGGGAAAUGCCAGCUCAACUAGCAAUGGGAAGCACAACUUCAAAGCGUUUGUGAAGACUCGUUUCCGUCUUUCUUUUUGCAGAAGCAGAACUACAAACCGCAGCAGACGGUAGUUCGAACGAAACCGGUCUGCGUGCUGGACAGCACCCAGGGUGACCACUUUUAAAGGCUGUAUAGGUACAUUUCAAUAAAACGCGUUACUCACAUGAUGUUGAACUUAC